AUGAAGGAGACGAGCAGAGGGAAGAACUGGGAGUCAGUGUUUUAUCCGGGAAGAUUAGAACGGGUUGGUCCAGUGUUGGUCCAGGGUUGGUCCAGUGUUGGUCCAGUGUUGGUCCAGUGUUGUUCCAGUGUUGGUCCAGUGUUGCUCCAGGGUUGGUCCAGUGUUGGUCCAGGGUCUGUCCAGUGUUGGUCCAGUGUUGCUCCAGGGUUGGUCCAGUGUUGGUCAAGUGUUGGUCCAGUGUUGGUCCAGUGUUGUUCCAGUGUUGGUCCAGUGUUGGUCCAGUGUUGCUCCAGGGUUGGUCCAGGGUUGGUCCAGGGUUGGUCCAGUGUUGGUCCAGUGGUGGCCCAGUGUUGGUCCAGUGUUGACCCAGUGUUUGGCCUCUGCCGCUGCUCCGUGACCGUGCAUUCGGAUCCACCCGGAUGCGGCUUGUUUCCACGCCGCUCUGGUUCAGGAGCAGCUGUUGACUUGGCUCCGCGGACCCAGAGAAAGACCGCCGCCCCUCCCCCACCAAACCUCCACCGCCCGCCGCCUGCUGCCUGCUUCCAGCGAGCACGAGGGGGAUGGGCGGAAAGCAAGCACUGCAGGGAGGAAGAAGAGAAUCUGAGGGUUUAG